GGGGCGGGCAGGAUGCUGGAGGGGCCGCUGUCGUCCCAGGGCCCGGGCAGCCCGUCGGGGGUCCGGGAGGGCGACCCCCGGGGCGCCGAGCCCAGCGGCUGCCUGUGGGUGCAGGAGAAGUCGCGGCUGGUGGUCAUCGAGGUGAAGACGGUGUCCUGCCACUUCGGCCGCCGCGGUCCCCCGAGGCCGUCCAUGGACCCCCAAGCCGGCCGUCGACCCCGCCGCCCCGCCGACUGCCCGUUUGGGCCGGGCCCGGGGUCCCCGGAGUCCCCGGCGCCUCGGGCCUGGGGUCCCCGAGUGCUGCAGGAGGCGACCAACCGGGGGACAGGACCCCCGGCCCAGCCGCGACCCCGGGAGCAGGAGAAGCGCAAGGCGGCCUCGCAGGAGCGGGAGGCCAAGGACACCGAGAGGAAGCGGCGCAAGGCCGGGGCCGGGGCCGGCAGCCGAAGCCCCCCGGGGGGUCCCCGCAGCCCCCCGGUCCGCCCCCAGCCCCGCCCCGCGCCCCCCGGACCCGGGCCCGCCCCGCGCUGGCCCCCCUGGCGCCUGGAGCGGCCCCGUCCGUCCGUGCGGACGCCCCGUCCGGCUGUCCAGCCAUGGUGGGGGCCGGGCCCGGGCCGGCCGGGGGCCUGGGGCUGGGGGCGGCCGCCGGGGCCUCCCAGCUACGAGGCGCACCUGCUGCUGCGGGGCUCCGCGGGACCCCCGCCCCGCCGCCGCGGGGACCGGCCCCCGCCCUACGUGCCCCCGCCUUCCUACCACGGCCCCCACCGGACCCUGGCCGGACCCUCGGCCGCGGAUCCCCCGCGCCCGUCCAACGCCACGGCCCCCGCCUCCCGCCACGGCCCCAAGAAGAAGCUGGAUCCCCGCAUCUACCGGGACGUGCUGGGGGCCUGGGGCGCCCGUCCGGGGGUCGGCCCGAAGCCCGCCUCCUCGGGGGGACCCGUCGAGGCAGCCCCCGCCCAGCGGGACCGGCCCCCGCCGGCCCGGCCCGGUCCGGCCCCCGGGCCUGAGCCGGACGCCCGCGGAGGAGCCGGGGCGGGGGCCGGUCCUUCGGCCCCUCGCCCCCUCCCUCGAGCCCGGUCCGCCGCCGGCGGGCCCGGGGUCGCCGGAGGGUCCGGGGCCGCCGGAGGGUCCGGUCCCUCCGACCAGGGCAGGGCGGCCCGGCUGCCUCGGGCCUGGGUUCCGGGCCCGGCCGGGCAGCCCCCGCGCUACAGCCAAACGCUGCCGCGGCCCUGGGCCCCGGGGGGGACGGGGGGCGCCGGCGGGACCCCCGAGCCGCUGCCCCGCGGGAGGGAGCCCCGCCGCCCGCACACCCUGCCCCGCGCCCGGGGCCGCCCCCGCGGACCCGACGGGGUCUUCGUCAUCGACGCCACGUGCGUGGUGAUCCGGGCCCAGUACAUCCCGCCGCCCCGCGCCCGCCGCAUCCCCCCGCCCCGGGACCACCGCGUCCCCCCGCCCGACCCCCAGCCCCACCUCCCGCCCGCGCCCCGCGACGGGGGCCCGGUGCCCCCCGUACCCCCGGCCCGACGGCCGCCCCGCACGGAGGAGGCCGAGGCGGGACCGGCCUUCCCGUCCCCUUGCCAGAAGCUGCUGCAGAGCGGCCCGCUGACGCACCAAGCCGGAGGGGGCUGCCCCGCGGAGCCGGGGGGCUGCCCGGAGGAGGCGGCGCCGGGGGAGCGCGCCGCCCGCAUCCCGGGGGCCGUCGCUCCCGGCUGGAGCCCCGCCGGCCCCGGCCGGGCGGCUUUAGGCGGGGCGGGGGCCGUGCUGCUGGGGCGGCGGCUCGCGGGGCCCGGCCCUUACGGCGGGGCCCUGCGGGAGGCCGUGUCCCGCAUCCGCCGCCACACCGCCCCGGACUCGGACUCGGACGAGGGCCCCGAGCGGGCGGCCCCGGGCGGCUCCUCGGACGGCAGCGACACGGAGCCCGCCGGGCCCCGAGCCGGAGCCUCCGGAGGAACCGGGGAGACCGAGGCCCGGGGCGGCCAGGAGCUGGGCCGUCGCAGCCGCCAGGUCCUCCGCGGGCUCAGCCGGACCGAGGAGGACUUCUUAGGGCCUGCAGCCGCCGGACCGGCCCCGGAGGGACAAGGGAAGCCACACUGAGGGGGGCUGGGGGGUCCUCGCUCCGCCCCCCAUCCUCUCCAUCCUCUCAUCCUCCUCCUCGUCCCUUCCCUCCUGAACCCCUCCCACCCCGUCCCAUCCCCGGACAGGCCCAGCCUUUCUCUCCCUUCCCAAAGAAACAAGAUGGGCAAACAGCCGCCUGUCCUUUCA